ACGUUUGAAAUUUGUAAUAAUGACUGGUACUACUGACUUCUCAGUUGGUGAUCUUUUUUUUUUUUGUAUGCAAACUUUUGUUUUAACGGCGAACAAUGAAAAGUCAAGUGGAGGUGAAAAGGCAAGACGACGUAAUUGUAUUAUAUCAAAAUCCAAAGAUAUAUAUCAUUUAUUUAUAUCAUAUACAAUUAACAAUAUAAACACAUAACAUAUAACAUCAUGAGUAACUCAGCAUAUUAUGAAUUAUAUAGAAGAUCUACUGUGGGAGUAACUUUAGCUGAUGCUUUAGAUACACUUAUAUCAGAUGAAAAGAUACAGCCUCAAUUAGCUAAUACAAUUCUUAGUAAUUUUGAUAGAAUUAUAGCUGAUAAUUUAAAAUUAGAUGCUAAUGUUGCUAAAUCUAAACUUACUUUUAAAGGAGUUUUAUCAUCUUAUAAUCUUUGUGAUGAUGUAUGGACAUUAAUAAUCAAGAAUGUUAUUAUUAAAAUGAGUGAUGUAAGUUCUGAAGGUGCAAGUGUUACUAAUAGUAUCGAUAGUGAAAUUAAUGUCGAUAAAUUUAAAAUUGUUGCCUGUAACUCUAAAAGAGCGGGAGAUUAAUGAAAUUAAGUCCUUUUGUAAUGAAUUUUUUAUGUUGUAUUGUUAUAUAG